UCAUGCCAUCAUGUCGAACAAACCUCUGCGGGGAUGACACGCCCAACCUAAGGUGUCGUAGAGGCUCGGUAUUCCACCUUGUCAACAUCUCCUGCUAUAAUGGCACCCAGCAGUGCCCUAGCAAUGUGUAUGACCGUGUGUACAGGCUGUGCCAAUCACAGCGGGACUGUAACCUCAAUGAGCUGCAAGCAAACCUGCCUCAGUUUACCUGCAAGAUGUACAUCAAUGUGUAUAUGGACCAUAUAUGUAUAGAAGAUACAGUAGUCUCCUCCAAGUGUACUGGAUCAUUCAUCGACCAAGUGCCUCGAUUUGGAGUGCUCAGCAACCCCGGUUUCCCUGGCAACCAUGAUGGGCUCCCGAGCACCUGUUACUGGGCGAUAUACCCGGACACGGACCGAGGGGAGGAGGUGGAGAUCACCAUACACCAGGCGCACUCUGUGGAGGGAACUCAUGUUUGUGAUACUCAGUACCUGCAGAUCCAGUAUUCUCUGUGCAACAGCAAUUCACUCACCAUUCACCGCUUCUGCGAAGAAAAAGUAUCGAACAUCAAGAUUCACUCAUGCGGAACUGUGUUUGUGACACACUAUCCGUUCCCAGCGGGAAAUGACCGUGGAAACCGUUUUCUUAUUUCAUAUCAAGUCUUGUCCCGGCACUCUGCAGUACCUGCCUAUGACAGCUAUGCUACGCAGUGCGAGAGGUUUGACCCAGUCAUCAUGUCCGCCAGAUACACCCAACCCUACCAGGUACUGUCUACCACAACUACGUCUUCUAAAAUUGGAUACCCAAAACCCACCAGCGAAUCGUCUUUGACUCUACCAGAGGAUCAACCAAUCAAUGACAGCAGCGUCGGUGGGCCAGCAAAUGUCUCAAGAGAAACCAUAUCGGACCCAAAGCCCAGUCCCGGUAAAUCUGACCCCUGGAAACUGGUCACUCUACUACGUGUGGUCAUAGUGAACAUCUUUCUGGGACUGCUGAUCGUUGCCCUGCUCUUGGCCAUCGGAUUUGUUUGCUACAGGUAUAUCUCGUUUGGCAGAGAACGACGAAGAAAUACCAUCAAGAGCGAAACGCAGACUACUCUAGAUGACAACCGCAGUACAGAGCUGCAUUUACUCUCUGACGACAAACCUGAAGGCCAAAAUCAUCAAGACGCCAACCACAAACAAGAAACAGUUGUGCAUACACAUGUUAACUCAAACCAGAACGACCCACAAAGCGUAUCAACGCCUUACGAGACCAUGAUAUUCAAAUUUAAUUGUCCUGGACAAGCAAUCGAGGAUGAAACCGCUGUGUAUGACACUGCUACCGGCGUGUCCACUUUCAUGCCGCAACCUGUAGCGCGUAGAGUAAACGGCAAGUUGGCAAAUACAGAGGAAUCGGCUUACUCAAGUUUUGACGAUGAACAACCAGAAAAUUAUAGUGAAUUCACUGACCUCCAUGGCAUUGACAAAGAUUCCCUGAAUCCGCAGAAUGUUAAGAUGGUAGCGGAUCUUAUCGAACACAGAGGUCACAAGUGUGACCCAAAUAAAACUGCAGACGAUUCAAGCUCCACGAGCUCAAAAAGAAUUUACGAAGUACCAGAAUACCGAGUUGUUUCGUGCAGUACGAAGGAUCCAAAACAGCGCAAUGAGGUCAACAAUGUAAGAAAUAGCCUACAUGCAAACCACACAAACUACUCUAAUAAAAAUGCGGACAAUCAUGCAGAUCAGAAUCACUAUGGUGAGAUCCUCGUCAAAGUGGGAAACAAUGUUAGCGAUCACAGACAUAUCCAAGUCGUGCCUGAAGAAGGGUGUCAUCACUCGUCAUCAUCAACAACGAUGCAGCUUAUUCCUGAACACAAGUGCUUGUUGCACAAUAUACCUCCCCCGCCUCCACCCCCUAGCGGGUCUGGCAUGGCAUUAAAGGGACGUAACAGCUGGUCGGCGCUGCAUGCGGACGUUUAAAAGUAUUGUGAUACAUUAUCGAUGAA